CAGAGGGCGACGUGAUGAUAUAACGUGGGGUCACGUUCUCUCGAAGGGGCCGCGGGCCCGGCUUCUGGAGCGAGGGAAUUCUACUUAGUCAAUGGGGACUUGCUGAGGGGUCACCAGGCUGGGAAGGUGGAAGCUUCGGGCCGAGAUCGCUCUUCCGGUUGGAGAAGCCGACAGCGACCGCCAGAGUGGAUGGACGUGGCUCCACGACCCGGCCCCUCCUGAGAACGAAGCGCGAGAGACCCGGGCCAUGUUGGCUGUCGUAGGACCCGGACCGAGGCGCCGCUGGGCGUGCGUGGCGCAGGCCGCCCUGGGGGGCCUUGGGCGCCGACUCUCGGUGGCUGGCGGGGCUUCCCCCUUCUCUCCGUGUCCGGAAAAGGACCCCGCCUUCUGGGGGACCUCUUCCAGGCCCUAUAGCGCCACGGACCGGACGGAAAGACUGGAUAUGUCUAAAUUUCCUGUGGAAAAUGUUAGAAAUUUUGGCAUCAUUGCUCAUGUGGAUCAUGGCAAAAGUACUCUAGCUGACAGACUUCUGGAACUAACAGGUACAAUUGCCAAAACUGAUCAUAAUAAACAAGUACUUGAUAAGCUACAAGUAGAACGGGAAAGAGGAAUCACUGUUAAAGCACAGACUGCAUCUCUUUUUUACAAUUACGGAGGAAAACUAUACCUUUUAAAUCUCAUUGAUACACCAGGCCAUGUUGACUUUAAUUAUGAAGUGUCAAGAUCACUCUCUGCUUGUCAAGGUGUCUUACUUGUGGUAGAUGCAAACGAGGGUAUUCAAGCUCAAACCGUAGCAAAUUUCUUUCUUGCCUUUGAAGCUCAGCUCUCAAUAAUUCCUGUUAUAAACAAGAUAGAUCUGAAGAAUGCAGACCCUGAAAGGGUUGAAAAACAAAUUGAAAAGAUGUUUGACAUCCCCAGUGAUGAAUGUAUUAAGAUUUCUGCUAAACUAGGAACAAAUAUAGAAAGAGUACUUCAGGCUGUCAUUGAAAGGAUAGCUCCACCAAAAGUGAGUCGAGAAAAUCCCCUGAAGGCUUUAGUGUUUGAUUCUACCUUUGACCAGUAUAGAGGAGUGAUAGCUAAUGUAGCACUGUUUGAUGGAGUUGUUUCCAAAGGAGAUAAGAUUGUAUCUGCUUAUACACAGAAGACUUAUGAAGUUAAUGAAGUUGGAAUUCUGAGCCCAGAUGAACAACGAACUCAGAAACUAUAUGCAGGACAGGUGGGCUAUCUGAUUGCUGGGAUGAAAGAUGUCACUGAAGCACAAAUAGGAGAUACAUUAUAUUUGCAUAAACAACCAGUGGAACCCUUGCCUGGGUUUAAGUCAGCGAAACCAAUGGUUUUUGCAGGAAUGUACCCCAUAGACCAAUCUGAAUAUAAUAAUUUGAAGAGUGCUAUAGAAAAACUGACACUAAAUGAUUCCAGUGUAACAGUACAUCGAGAUAGUAGCCUUGCCUUGGGUGCUGGUUGGAGGUUGGGGUUUCUUGGCCUUCUACAUAUGGAAGUUUUUAAUCAACGGUUGGAACAAGAAUAUAAUGCUUCUGUUAUUUUGACUACACCUACUGUCCCUUAUAAAGCUGUUCUUUCAUCAGCAAAGUUAAUAAAGGAAUAUAGAGAAAAGGAAAUUACAAUCAUCAACCCUGCCCAGUUUCCUGAUAAGUCAAAAGUAACAAAAUAUUUGGAGCCGGUUGUUUUGGGUACCAUUAUAACACCACAUGAAUACACUGGAAAAAUAAUGACACUUUGCCUGGCUCGAAGAGCAGUUCAAAAAAAUAUGGUGUUCAUUGAUCAGAAUCGAGUUAUGCUUAAAUACCUCUUCCCUUUGAAUGAAAUUGUGGUGGAUUUUUAUGAUUCCUUGAAAUCUCUUUCUUCUGGAUAUGCUAGUUUUGAUUAUGAAGAUGCUGGAUAUCAGACUGCAGACCUGGUAAAAAUGGAUAUUCUGUUAAAUGGCAAUCCUGUGGAAGAGUUGGUAACAAUUGUACACAAAGAAAAGGCACAUCCUAUUGGAAAAAGCAUAUGUGAACGGCUGAAGGAUACAAUUCCUAGACAACUAUUUGAAAUAGCUAUUCAGGCAGCUAUUGGAAGUAAAAUCAUUGCCAGAGAAACUGUGAAAGCUUACAGAAAAAAUGUCUUGGCAAAAUGUUAUGGUGGAGAUAUCACUCGAAAGAUGAAACUACUAAAACGGCAAGCAGAAGGAAAGAAAAGAAUGAGAAAAGUUGGCAAUAUUGAAGUCCCAAAGGAUGCUUUUAUAAGAGUUCUAAAAAGACAGCCUGAUAAAUGAAUGUUUGUAAAGUAUAAUUAUGUUUGAUUUAUUUGAAUUAUAUGUAUGAUACAUGUGUGUAUUAUGAUUUUAAAAUCCACUUUUAAUAAAAUUAAUCUGUUAAAGUUUAA